AUGUCGCUCCGCGCCGCGCCCUCGACGGGCUUCCUCCAGUCUUUCUUCGCCGUCGCCUCAGCAUCUCUCCGUCCCGCCGGUCCUUCAAGGAGCUUCCUCCCCCUCGGCGCUCGGUUAUGGCCCGCCCCUCUACUUCCCUCGAUCGUUGUUCCAAUUCCUAGCCUGGUCUCGGAUAUCUGGGAGUCAAUCCUCAAGGCUGUACCAAAGAAGAAGACGUCACACAUGAAGAAGCGUCACCGACAAAUGGCUGGCAAGGGUCUCAAGGAUGUCACUUCGCUCAACAAGUGCUCUGGCUGUGGAAGAGUCAAGCGCGCACAUUACCUGUGCCCUCACUGUGUCAUGAGCAUUAAGAAGUGGUUCAGCAACGACUUCGGUCCCAAGAGAGAAAAGCCCGAGUGGACUGAGUGGGAGAAGCAGGAGUACAAGAAGAAGUUGGACCGAAGAGGUUACAAAUAUGACGAGAGCGAGUUCGAGAAGCCCACGGCUGAGUCGUCGGCCGACAUUGUCGAAAAGAAGUAG